GACCCAAUCGAAACAGUGCGGAAAACCCCCCUCCCGGAGAUAAUGACGUCAAUGUCAUGCUCCAAAUAUGGAUUUCCUCACCCCUCCCAUUUUUAUCUACAAGGGACGGGCGACAUAACACGGAGCAUAUUUUACACAUUAUUACGACGAACUCAGACACAGAAAAGGAAGAAGUGACCCCUACCUGCUGUUAUGACCACAGCCACCCCAAGCACCGAGUCGGAAUGGCAGCUUCAUCGCGUCCUACUAAGAGCGAAUCUCCUGCAGUAUUAUGACACAUUUGUAGCUCAAGGUGGUGACGAUGUCCAGCAGCUAUGUGAGGCUGGAGAAGAAGAGUUUCUGGAGAUAAUGGCCCUGGUUGGGAUGGCCAGCAAGCCCCUACAUGUUCGUAGGCUACAGAAGGCACUACAGGAAUGGGUCGCCAACCCAGCUGCAUUUGAAGGGGAGAACGCUGUGCGUGACCUUCCAACACACGUAUCCUCGUUAACAGCAGAGGCUUCGACGUCUUCAGCGUCCCCUUGGAACACGCCCCAGAAAAGUGUGAGCCCUGUCAGUAUGAUGCCCGCACAAAGAUCACACGAACUCCCGCCAGAAAUCCUUCAGGGACAGAUGAAGAGGGAGUUAUCGCCCGGCUCUGCAUGCCUCAAUGAGGAACAGGUUGUUGCUUUGGCAACAAGCGCUGCACAACUCGCCAAAACAUUGCCAGCUUUCGAGCCAAAACAUCUCAGCCUCAAGAAAGAAAUUAACAAACAGAUCAAUGAGAUUAUGCAGGUUCCUGUGGAGUUCACGGAGGAGAGAUUGGAGAUAAUGAGGAAGUAUGGCGCAAUAUAUCGACGCUUCGACACAGACCGGGUGUACUGUAAACCAAUGUCAAUGCACGAGGUGUGUGUGAAUGAGGCAUCUGCCCAGCUGUGUCUACACAUGCCCAACCUGCUGUCCAGACGGGAGGACCUUUUCCCGCUUGCCCGACAAGUGGUCAAGGAGAGUGGCUACCAGUAUUCGAAGGGACAUUCAAGGUACAGCAAUGGCAGGUCUGUAGACUUCAACCCAGAGAAUCCAAGCAAGCGACAGAAGAUAGAACAAUUGUUGAGUGAUUUCCGCAGCGAGAGUCCACAAAACACCACUGCGUCCAAUGCUAGGGAGAUAAGACAGGAACGUCUAGCUGCUAUUAGUAAAAGCCUCGCAAAGAUCUCCCAGCAACAGGAAAAGAUUGUUAGCGAACUAGAGAGUGCACGAGAGGGAGAUGAUAACGAGAAAGUCGACCUGUUACAGGGACAACUGGAGUCUGUAACUAACGCACACCUGCAGCUACUCACAGAACAGAGCGAACUUCUCCGCAAACAGAGUGCGGAAGUGUACAAUGAUCUGGAAUUGUCUGAUAAAGAAGAUUCCAACAUCGGGCUCAGCGGAUCUUCUUCCCCUUGUCCUACAGAUGUAUCUGAGUCAACGGGCGGCAGUGCUUCGUUGAAAAACAUACUUUCAAACUCUAAAUUGCCAAAAUCAUCCCUAAACAGUCUCGCAUUCCUCUCUGCAUUUAAACCAACCCCUGCUAGCAUGAAAAACUCCCUUUUUGACGAAGGACUAAGAAUUGCUCAACAAUAUGGUCUCGGUGACUUUGCUCAGGAAUUAAAGACAUUACAAGGAGGUGCAGAAUCUGAUUCCGAGGACCAGUCUGAGAACAAAACUAGUCAGGCUCCAAGUGACUCAAGUGAUUCGGAAAAUAGCAGGCCUAGUGUGAAUGAUAAAUCGGAGUCCAAUCAGCUAAACAAUGAUGACACUGAAACUGUUGCAACAGUAAAGGAGUAGUGCAAGAUAGAUAUAUAGGUGGCCGUCAUUUGAAUGAUCUUGCUGCAAUUCAUCUUCAGAUCCAUGAAGCAUUCUUCGAUUUUGGUACCUUCAGGAACAAAACAAACGUUGAAAAUUUGAUUAAAAUUGUGCUUUGUUUGAUAUCAUCAACUGCAUGUAAAAGAUGAGUAGUGAAAUCUGUUUUCUUUUUAAAAAUACAUGUAGUAAAGCACUGAUUUAUAAAAUGAGGGCAAAACUGGUGUAACACCUUCCAGUUAUAUAUAUUAAGUUUACAACUCUGAGGAUAGAUUGUUGAAACAUCAUGAAUAAGACGGCCUCUUUAAGAAUGUUCACAAAGUUUUAUUCUAUUUAUUGGCUAAUUCUCAUUCCAAAGAUUAUAUUUUUGUUAAGAUGAUUCUGUACAGUGUAAAUUGAAAUAUUUAUGUAUACAUAUUGGUGAUACGGUAUAAAUGUACUAUUGCUUGAAUAUAUGUUGGUAUUAAAGUUAAUCAGUCAUAAGCUCGUUCGAGUGAAAGAUAUACCGGUACAUUAAGAAAUCCUCAUAAGCACUGGACCAGAUAUUGAGUUUUAAUAUAAUGAGGAAAGAAUUUUUGUUUCAUGCUUAAGUGUUAGAAAAGGACUUACUUACUGUCAGAUUUCAUAGGUAUAAAUCAGCUUAGCUGGAUGUAUUGCAUUUUUUUUUAUUGGUCAUAAAUGUGAUUGUUAUCGCUUCUAACUUACAAGGAACUGUUGUCAUUUUAUCUGUUUUAUGUUUUGUUUUAUUGUAAAAUUAUGAAAUAAAAUAAACAAACAAAUUAUG